GAUGUCACUGAGGCACAGAUUGUCAUGAUUGUAGUGUAUAUCACCACCUCUGUGGUAGGCCAUGAUAUCUGGGCAUUUCAGGUUCCAUUAAUUGGCUAUGAACUAAAACACCUUAUGAUCAUAAGCAGUAUAGCAGUGACCACCUUGAGUAUGAGUGAAAGCUUUUCUAUAAUCCUUUUAGAAGGAGGUGCAGGAAAAAAUGGUUCCACAAUUGCUGGGACCAGUGUUUUAUCACCUGUAAUUCCUAUUGGCACAAUCCUCGUUAUGGCCUAUACUAUUUACAAGAAAUCAGCAACACAUAUAUUUGAAAAUCAUCCAUGUCUAUAUAUCAUAGCCUUUGGGUUAGCUGGCGCUAAGGUGACCAAUAAGCUAGUGGUUGCUCAUAUGACCAAAAGUGCAAUGUCAAUGCUGGAUUCCAGUAUGAUUGGCCCAGGAAUGCUAUUUCUCAACCAAUAUUUCAAUACUAUUUUAGAUGAAUAUCUUGUCCUAUGGCUCUGCUUAUUGUGGACCCUGGUCGAUCUUUGUCGUUACUCUGUGUUCGUCUGCGUACAAAUCUGUGACUACAUGGAUAUAUACUGUUUUAAAAUCACAUCCCUUGAAAAAGAGAAAAAUGGCAGAGGGACUCUCUCAUCCAGGCCAGUAACAAGAAGUCAAGGAAGAAAGAAGAAAGUUAACUAACUGCCUGUUGAAAAGAAGGAAUUGUUUACACAGAUCAGGUUUUCAUAGAUUGUUUGUGGAUGAGAAAAGUUUUUUUUUUAAUUUUUGAAAAAGUGCAGUACACAAGAUCAAAUUGAUAUUAUUACAAAGUGUUCAUUUCUCAUCUUUAACUUAGAGGCUGCUGAAUCAAGAAAUGGGUGUAAUUCACAGUUAGUAUUACUUGCUUACACUGGAAAAGAGUUCAGUAUUUCAAUGGAAAGCAUGGGUAAGAAUUUGAACUCAAUUUUGCUUGAUUGUUUUGUGGAAAGUAUUGGUAGGGGUGUGAAUGUUGUAUUUAUUGUCAGUGUUGUACUGCAAAAUAUAUUUUUUUCAAGUUCACAUUUUUCAGAACGUAAUUUGCUCUACAUAGGUUCCUUUCUUGUCUACAAAAAUUCAGGAAAAUCAUUUUAAAGGUAGUGCACAAAAGUAUAGUAAGAAUUACAUCUAGUUUUGCAUUACGCAUGUCAUCAGGGUAUUUUCUCCAAAGAAAAAAUUCUCAGGACCAAAAAGUCAUUGGUCCUCUUGGUUUUACUGCAUAGUUACCUCCAUUAUGUGUUCCUAGACUACAGUAUGUCUAUAAUAAAAAUGGAACACAGAAUACAGAUCAGCCUUCCAACAGUAUCAAAUUUGAAAAUGCCUGAAUAUAGUAAUUUUAUAUCAGUCUAAGAUUAGAAUAGGUUAAAGAUAAAUUGUAUAUCAUCAUAGCUGGCCAUAUGCUUAUUUUGUUUAAUGCCAUAUAUAGCAAUUGUAGGAAACUACAAUGGUUUUAUAGCCUUGUGCAUGCUUCACAUUGUUACUGUCUCUUUGUGUAUCUUCUCUGUUUUCCAAAUGCAAUGAUUUUAUGUUGCCAUAUGUUAAUUAGAAUCAUUUUUAUUUACCUACGAGAAGGAUUGUUAAGGGAACAAGAGUGCAUUUUGUAAAGAUACUGGUAGUACCUUUUGAUUUUCCAUGUGUGUGAUAUGGCUAUCAUAUAGUCACCAUACAAACAAUGCAGUCUGUGGUAGCUCAAGUACUGACAUAGGUUUUUCGCCUAUGGUUUUCAUUCCCAUCCUUGCAGAUAGCAAGAUGUAAAGGUGCGUAGAGUAGGCAGCAUUGUCAAGAUGAGUUACUGAAAGGAAUUUUCAAUGCACUUGAAAAGGAUAUAUUAUUUUUCAGAAGAAAAGUUGUAAACCUUAUUGCUGCACUACUGGAUGAGUUGGAACAUUCACUCUUCCAGUAUAUUAAUGUGUUCUGGUGGCUUAUAAAAAUAUGAGUUCACUUUAGACAUAAAAUUGUUUAUUGGGUUAUUUUCAGUGCUAAGUGUUUGCUUUAAAUUUAUUUUUAUGUGUAAAAUAUUCACGGAUGCUUUUCUGCUCAGCUUUUACUUGUUCACUGACACUACGUGUUCACAGUAGUUUCAAGAAAUUACAAAGUAUAAUUAGGUUAUGAAAUCUAAGUUUAAUCUGAUGACAUUUAGACAUGUAUAGCUGCUUUGCUAACAAAAAAAGCACAAGUUCACUUUAGCACAAGUCUUAUUUGCCUUUGUUCACUUGCAGUAUCAUGUUGUUGAAUAAGCUACAGAAUAAUCCAAAUUUAUAUAGAAAGAAGCCAGGUUUGAUCUCUUUUAGUAUCCCUCAUUUUUAGUGACAGAAGUCGGUUUAUAACCUGGUCAGACAGUGGCAUGCCUUGAAACUUUUUUGAAGGAAUUGUUGUGUACUGAAGAAGAACAUUUUUUCCACAUGAUCAUGUUUGUCACUUUUUGAUUUGUUGAAAGUCUAAGCUUAUUUCAAGAAAUUUUCAAGAAAUUCAAUGUUUGUUGUAUCCUUAUUAUUCUUUUCAGCACACAGAGCUAGGUGAACUGAUAAAUUACUAAGGGAGAUUGUAAUCGAGUCUGACAUAAACAAGUGUUUUUGUGACAACUGAAAUAGAGAAUGAGACUGCCUUUCUAGAUUUUCAAUAUUUUAGAAGAUUAAAAUUCAUAUCAAUAAAAUAUUACAUUAUUUUAUGUAAGAAGGCUGUGUUGAG